CACCAGAAGCGCUGAAGACUUUGAAACCAGAAGAAAAAAAAUAGAAUUGAAGACUCUUUUUUUUUUUUAAUUUUCCCCUCCAGUUUGUUUAUAAUAUUUUUUAACAGCUAACUCAAAGUUUUGCUGCUUUUGGAACUUUAUUUUUAUUUUAUUUUUUGCGCUUAAAAAAAGUGCACUCCUCACACAUCAGCUUCUUUUUUCCUUACUUCAUCAGACUAUUACGGAAUCUAACGCAAUGUUUCCAGAGGCAAACAAAGGCUACAGCUACGAGGACUGCAAGGCCACUGCCGAUUGGUUGCUGGCCCAGACAGACCUGCGACCCACAGUGGGCAUCGUGUGCGGCUCGGGGCUCGGAGGGCUGGCUGACAUGUUAAAGGACCAGGUAGCCUUCAACUACAAGGACAUCCCCAACUUUCCACAGAGCACUGUGCAUGGACAUGCAGGACGGCUAGUGUUUGGCACAUUGAAGGGGAGGCCGUGUGUUUGCAUGCAGGGGCGCUUCCACCUGUACGAAGGCUACCCGAUACAGAAGAUUACACUUCCCAUGAGAAUCUUCAAGCUGCUCGGCGUGGAGACAGUGAUGCUGACCAACGCAGCCGGAGGCCUCAAUCAGGACUUUAAAGUUGGAGACAUCAUGAUCAUCAAAGACCACCUCAACAUGCCCGGCUUCGCUGGCAACAAUCCUCUGGCCGGACCCAACGAUGAGAGGUUCGGUGUGCGUUUCCCCUGCAUGUCCGACGCAUACGACAGAGAGCUGCAGCAGCUGGCCAUGGAUGUGGGACAGGAGCUCGGCUACGGAGACUUCCUGAAGGAGGGUGUCUACUGCGUUCUGGGCGGCCCCUCAUUUGAGACCAUUGCUGAGUGCCGUAUGCUGCACAAACUGGGGGCUGAUGCUGUUGGCAUGAGCACAGUCCACGAGGUGAUUGUUGCACGUCACUGCGGCAUGCGUGUCUUCGCCCUCUCGUUGAUCACCAACCAGGCGGUGAUGGACUACGACAGUGAAGAGAAGGCCAAUCACGAGGAGGUCCUUCAGACAGGAAAGCAGCGAGCGGAGCAGCUGGAGCGGCUGGUUUCCACCAUGGUGACCAGGAUUGAACACAACAACAACUACGCCUAACGGACGCCAUGCUUCCUUAGGGGCAUUCUUGCCACUCAGAAGCCAGGUCUUAGCCUUGCAGUGUCACUAGAAGUGGUUGUGAUUCACGUUCAAUGCUUUUGUGCCAAGGAAAAUCCCAACAGUUGAUUAUUUAGGUGAGGGUUUAGGCUGCUUUUAGUCUUAGGUCAAAAGAUGACAGCAUCAUAGCCAUCUGAAGAAUCUCACUUAGAGAUAUAGAAACAUAGAGAACACACACAACCCUUGUUUUCGUGUCACUCUGCCUACAUUCCUCUACCGAGCGGCUCCAGAUGAAAAAGUCACUUCUCUUUUUUUUUUUUGUAUCAUUUUAAACUAGGUAUAUUUGUUCUAACUUAAUAUAUGAUCAGCUUGUAUAAAUGUCUGCAAUUUAACUUAACAAUGAGCCAAAAUCUGCUGUAAAGAUCUUAAUAUUAUGAUGUUGAAUUGUGUACAUUCGUGGACUUAAGGUAUUUUACUGUGCUUGUUUUUUUUAAUAUGAAUGUUGUUACUAAAUGUACUAUUUAUUACUA